CGUCGGCGUAGCGUAGUACGCCAGCGCAGUCCGCCGCUGAGGCUUGCGGGACAGCAGAGACAUGGCGGGCAUAGGAGCAGUUUCGCGGCUUCUUCGCGGGCGGCGCUUGGCGCUAACUGGGGCGCGGCCUGCAGCAUUCCAAACACAGACCAGUGGCUUUCACUUCACUGUUGGUGAGAGCAAGAAGGCAUCUGCCAAAGUUUCAGAUGCGAUUUCUACUCAGUACCCAGUUGUGGAUCAUGAAUUUGAUGCCGUGGUGGUAGGCGCUGGAGGGGCAGGCUUGCGAGCUGCAUUUGGCCUUUCUGAGGCAGGGUUUAAUACUGCGUGUCUUACAAAGCUCUUUCCUACCCGGUCACAUACUGUUGCAGCACAGGGAGGCAUCAAUGCUGCUCUUGGAAACAUGGAAGAGGACAACUGGAGGUGGCAUUUCUACGACACCGUGAAAGGAUCUGACUGGCUGGGGGAUCAGGAUGCCAUCCAUUACAUGACAGAGCAAGCCCCUGCCUCCGUGGUCGAGCUAGAAAAUUAUGGUAUGCCAUUUAGUAGAACUGAAGAUGGGAAGAUUUAUCAGCGUGCAUUUGGUGGACAGAGCCUCAAGUUUGGGAAAGGCGGGCAGGCUCAUCGGUGCUGCUGUGUGGCUGAUCGAACAGGCCAUUCACUCUUGCACACCUUGUAUGGAAGGUCUCUGCGAUAUGACACCAGCUAUUUUGUGGAGUAUUUUGCUUUGGAUCUUUUGAUGGAAAGUGGGGAGUGCCGUGGUGUAAUUGCACUGUGCAUAGAAGAUGGGUCCAUACACCGAAUAAGAGCAAAGAACACUGUUAUUGCUACUGGGGGCUAUGGACGGACCUACUUCAGCUGCACAUCUGCCCAUACCAGCACAGGGGACGGCACAGCCAUGGUCACCAGGGCUGGCUUGCCUUGCCAAGACUUAGAGUUUGUUCAGUUCCACCCCACAGGUAUAUAUGGCGCUGGCUGUCUUAUCACAGAAGGAUGCCGUGGAGAGGGAGGUAUUCUCAUCAACAGUCAAGGUGAAAGGUUUAUGGAGAGAUAUGCCCCUGUUGCCAAGGACCUAGCAUCCAGAGAUGUUGUGUCUCGAUCCAUGACUCUCGAGAUCCGUGAAGGAAGAGGCUGUGGCCCCGAGAAAGAUCACGUCUACCUGCAGUUGCACCAUCUGCCCCCUGAGCAGCUUGCUACACGUCUACCUGGGAUUUCAGAGACGGCCAUGAUCUUCGCUGGUGUGGAUGUCACUAAGGAGCCCAUCCCUGUCCUUCCCACUGUGCAUUACAACAUGGGUGGGAUUCCCACUAACUACAAGGGGCAGGUGCUGAAGCAUGUGAACGGACAGGAUCAGAUUGUGCCUGGCCUGUAUGCCUGUGGGGAGGCGGCCUGUGCUUCAGUGCAUGGUGCCAACCGGCUUGGAGCAAAUUCCCUAUUGGACCUCGUAGUUUUUGGACGAGCCUGUGCUCUGAGCAUUGCAGAAUCUUGCAGGCCUGGAGAUAAAGUUCCUUCAAUUAAAGCAAAUGCUGGAGAAGAGUCGGUUAUGAAUCUUGACAAGUUAAGAUUUGCCGAUGGAAGCAUAAGAACAUCAGAACUACGCCUCAGCAUGCAGAAGUCGAUGCAGAAUCAUGCUGCAGUAUUCCGUGUGGGAAGUGUAUUGCAAGAAGGCUGUGAAAAAAUUAGCCAGCUCUAUGGAGAACUGAAGCAUGUAAAGACAUUUGACAGAGGAAUGGUCUGGAAUACAGACCUGGUGGAGACCCUGGAGCUGCAGAACCUGAUGCUAUGUGCACUACAGACCAUAUAUGGUGCAGAGGCACGGAAGGAAUCACGGGGAGCUCAUGCCAGGGAAGAUUAUAAAGUGCGGGUUGAUGAGUAUGAUUACUCCAAGCCCAUCCAGGGACAGCAGAAAAGGCCAUUUGGGGAACACUGGAGGAAACACACCCUCUCAUAUGUGGACAUCAAGACUGGGAAGGUUGCUUUGGAGUACAGACCUGUCAUUGACAAGACCUUGAAUGAAGCUGACUGUGCCACCGUACCCCCUGCUAUCCGUUCCUACUGAUAAACCUGGCAGCUACAGGACCAGCUUAUUUGAUUAUAUAUCAUUGCUUACAUAGGUUUUCAUGUCAUACCUGUCUUGUUAAAAUUCUGCUCUCAUGAACAAGGAGUCACUUCACAGAUUAUUGCUUAACAGCUUGCUAGUACUUGAUAUGAGGGACAACUGCACCAGACUUUGUCCCUUUAUUUUUGUGUAGUGAUAAAACUGGCAUAAUUCUUAAAUAAAAUACAAACGAGCAUUCUUUAUUUCCAAAUAAAAUCAUUUAUUUGGUUUUA